AGAGCGACUCCAACAUCACGAAGCGAGGCAUCUGGAUCAUAAGAGCUGGAAUCUAGUCAACAGUUUGUCCGUGCGCGCUGGAGAAAUGUUUCUGAGCAAAGCGAAGAAGGCUGAUCCUGACUCCUCAUGCUCUUUGCCUGGGGACACCGGCUCCAGCAAACCCACCGAUGCCCCGAUGGACAGCAGCGCACAGGGCUCGUUCGUCCCGACGGUCACCGCGAUCUCCAGCACGCCAGACCUGCAGUGGAUGGUCCAGCCGACCAUCAUCACGUCUGUGUCUCCGUCUCUGGGUAGAGCUGAAAGCAGUGAACCGGCAAAGAGCAAAGCAGCUGGGAACAAGGGGAAAUGCGCUGGCAGAAAGAGCAAGAGCGAGCAGCUCUCUCCGGAGGAAGAGGAGAAGAAGAGGAUCAGGAGAGAGAGGAAUAAAAUGGCUGCAGCGAAGUGUCGCAACAGACGGAGAGAACUCACCGACACCCUCCAGGCAGAAACAGACAAGCUAGAAGAGGACAAAGCCGCCCUCCAGGCUGAAAUCGAGAACCUCCUGAAGGAAAAGGAGAGGCUGGAGUAUGUCCUCGCCACUCAUAAACCUCUUUGCCAGCUGCCCGAAGAGCUGGACUGCCUGUUUCCAGAGUCUCCCCAGCCGCUCUCCACUCCCGAAGCCGCCAGCAAACUCUCCGAUGACGGCCCGCAGGACUUGGAGAUCCCCACGGUACCGUCCACCGCCAUUUCCGGCAACUCCAACAUCCUUCUGUGCUCCAGCGCAGAGGUCAGUCUGUGCGACCUCGAGCCCUCUCUGGAUAUCAAGGACGAGCUUCUCGACCGGAUCUCGGCGGAAACGGCCCGCUCCGUCCCCGACAUCGACCUGACCGGCUCGCUGGGCAUCACGGACUGGGAAACCCUCUACAAGUCUGUGGCCAAUGAUCUAGAACCUUUGAGCACCCCGGUGGUGAGCACAUCCACACCCAGCUGCAGCAACUACCUGUCCGUAUUUACCUUCGCCUGCCCAGAGCUGGACUCCCUGGCCGAGGGACUGGAGGGCUGCAAGGGUGGCGUGACCAAAGCAGAAACUAGCGUCGACAUCCUCAACUCUCCCACCCUUCUUGCCUUAUAAAUGCAAGCGUAGAUGAUGUACUGUCACAACGUUGUUUUAAUAUCUAUUGGAUAUCGCGGUGUUAUGAUGUCCAGAUGUGUGAUGUUGGUGUGAAGCCAGCUGUUCUAUGGCUGCAUCCGUGUAAUGUGUACGGGACGGGGGUUUACUUUCUUCCAGAGACAUUUGAUGUAGCCCAAAUACAAGAGCAUGGAUAAUUAUCUUACGAGCAGAUAUGAACUAUGUUCUGGUUUGAAAAGCAUGCACGAGAUAUCUAUAUAUAAAUAUAUAUACAGUGGUGGCCAAAAUGAUUAGGACACUAGUAUUUUCACCAGAUAAACAAUGGUUUCAAGUCAGUUAUUUCUAUCUUUUGCUGUAGUGUGUCAGAAGGAAAUAUCAGUUUACCUUUAAAAAACAUUAAUUUAGCCAGUAAUAAUGCAGUGAUAUUUUUGUCUGACGACAGCCAGUGCUCCACACAGAGAUCUGAUCUGAUCAUCAUCCAGUCUGUCUGGAAUGACAUGAAGAUACAGAACAAACUGAGACUAAAUCCAGAAGAACUGUAGCAACAUCUCAAAGAUGCUUCAAGAAACCUUUUUUUUUUUAAUUAAUGACAAAAUGAAUGUUUGGAAAUGUAAACUGAUAUUUCCUCCUGACACACUACAGCAGAUAGAACUGACUUAAAACCAUUUUUUUAGCUGGUGAAAAUACUUGUAUUCUAAUCAUUUUAACCUCCACUGUAUACAUAUAUGUAUAACAUAUAUAGUAUAUAUAUUAUAUGUAUCAGUUCCAUAUUUGUUUGAUCUGGUGCUAUAAGUUCUGUGGAAUUGACUGCGGUUUUGUGUUUGUUUUCUAUGGCAAUAGAUUAUCGACUCGUGUUGUGCUUUACUAUACAGUCAUCGGAGUUAUCGCAUACCUCAGUGUCAUCAUUCGACUGUGUUUUCACAUUGUUCUUAAAUGUUUAGAGUUUUCCAUGAAAACAUCCAGUGCUAUAUCGAUGGAGAUGUAUUUUAUGAUAAUUUAUUUUUCUACAUUUUAAAUUUGACUUCUUUGUCAAAUGAAAAGAACGAAAUGAGCAUUGAUUGCUGAAUAAAUAUUCACGAUAUACAGUCAUGCACUGGUGUUCUUGUGUCCUUUGUUUUGAA